CCGCCCCUUGCCCCUCCCUGACCCGGGUCUCCCUCAGCCAAGAUGGCGGCUCCCUGUGUGUUCUGUGGUCCUGCAAUCGCCUCCCGGUUCUUUCUGGGAGGUAGGGUUACUCUUGCCCAGGGGCAAGGCAUCUGGAAACCAGCGGCAGCUGAGUUGCAGGCCGGUACCAGAUCCCAGAUAUUAAGGCUAAAACACCUCACAGUUGUAAAAACAAAGAAAAAUGUUGCAGCCUCAAGACCGGAAAAGUACACAGUGGAUUUCAUUAAAAAGCAGAUUGAAGAGUUCAACAUAGGAAAGAGACAUUUAGCCAACAUGAUGGGAGAAGAUCCAGAAACUUUCACCCAAGAGGACAUUGAUAGAGCUAUUGUUUACCUUUUUCCAAGUGGUUUGUUUGAGAAGCAAGCCCGGCCAUCAAUGAAGCAUCCUGACUACAUUUUUCCAAAACAAAGUGCAAUCCAGUGGGGAGAAGAUGGCCGUCCAUUUCAUUUCCUCUUUUAUACUGGCAAACAGUCGUAUUAUUCAUUAAUGCAUGAAGCAUAUGGAAAGUUCCUAGACGCUGAAAAACGUCAAAAUCAGUUGCAAGCCAAAGAUCUACAGAUGGAAAAAACUAAAACCAAAGACCCGAUUGUCAGCAGAUGGCUGAUUAAGGAGGAGCUAGAAGGAAUGUUAGCGGAAAAACUGUCAGAUCGAGAUUACACGCGCUUCAUCCAGCUGGUAGAGAGGUUUUCGACACUGCAGUGCGGUGCUGCCGAAGAAGAGUUUCUGCGCAGGUUUCGCAGAAGUGUAACCAUUCAAUCCAAAAAGCAGCUGACUGAGCGUCUGCAAUAUGACGAGCAGGGAAGGGCCUUCAGCACGAGCGAAGGUAAAAGAAAGAGUGCAAAAGCAGAAGUCGUUGUUUAUGAACAUGGAAAUGGAAAAAUCAAAGUCAACGGAGUUGAUCAUUUGCUUUACUUUCCAGUGACACAGGACAGAGAACAGUUGAUGUUCCCUUUUCACUUCCUUGACCGCCUUGGAAAGCAUGAUGUGAACUGCACAGUCUCGGGGGGCGGGAGAUCAGCGCAGGCUGGAGCCAUACGCUUGGCGACUGCAAGAGCCCUGUGCAGUUUUGUCACGGAGGACGAGGUCGAAUGGAUGCGGCAAGCUGGGCUGCUUACUACAGAUCCACGUGUCAGAGAACGGAAGAAGCCAGGGCAAGAGGGAGCCCGCAGGAAGUUCACGUGGAAAAAGCGCUAAGUGUUUUUUCACAGGAAAGGAAACGAUAAGCUGUCUGUGUGGCCUGGCAUGCGGCAGACACACAGCACGCAUUUGUUGGCCAACGUGAGGGCAACACCAUCAGAUGGUUUUUUGAAUUGUGAGAUGAUUUAUUUUUAAAUGCUACUUUGUCAAGAUUACCUUAAAUAAUAAUAAUAAUAAAAUUUAGAAAUGGUUUAGCUUCAUUCUUCUUUAUUUUGUAAACUUUUGCAGAAGAUAAAAACAUAAUUCGUAGUGUCUUGGCAUAUUGGGCCUAAAAGGAACAUGCAGCAAAACCUAAUCAAGUUACCUCAUUCAGCAGGUGAGAAGGCUCAGCCCCUCAAAGAUAAGCAAACUACCAGAGCCAUGUUGCUAACUCAGUGGUAGAACUGGACUGGAACUCGCUUCUCCUGGUUCCCGUAUGGCGAUUGUUACAUCAGAUUUUCAGAAUUGAGAAGGGAGGGUGCUUGUUCAGGAGAAUGGACUCAGUCGAGUGUCAUAGCCAAGUGUUAAAUUAAGGAGUUUGCUGGAGGACUCCUAAGGUCCCUUCAACUAAGAAUCUUUGACAUUUUAACUUUCAUGCAAUUUUGUAAUAGAUUUUUGAAGAGAAAAAUGAUAGAGACUGGGGUACUAUAAAUCCAUUCAGUUGUUUUUAGUUAAGUAAAAAUAUGCUUCAGGAAUUAGACCCUUAGUGCUUAAUUUUCCUUUACCUAGAGAGUUCUAGACUACUGAUUUCAUAAUUUGUUUUUUUAAAAAAACUUGGUUAAAUUCUUAAAUAUUCCUGUUCACAUCAAAUCCUUACACAGUAAAUAAAUAUGGUAAUGAGAAAUGGCAGUACGUAUCCUCCAUAGCACCCAGUGCAUUUUUAUCUCAUGAGACGUCGUCUUAGACAGUGAUUUCUGUGGUUUCUUCUGUGUAGCAUUCUCUAGUAAAAUCACCUGUGAGGGCUUUUGGUCGGAACGUUAACUUCUCUGUAGGAGCAUACUUUUCACCACUGAUGAGGGCAGUGAAAAACGUUUUUUUCUUGUGUGGGUAUCCUGAGGGAGCACGUGUAGGGUGUG